AUGGCCAGGGAAAGCAGAGCAUCUCGCGAGGCGGGGCCGAAAGAGAACUGCGUCCCAGAGGAAGGAGAGGGUUUACUAGAACAUUCAGAAAGAGAGGGCUCGCCCGAUAACGAUAUCAUCGUUCAUGAGGCACAAGGUACGGGCAAGGUCGGCGCUGGAAGACCUCGUGUGAAGCCACCACCAAGGAGGCAAUCGUCUCUCGCGCAGCGGAGACCAGAUGGCACUCCUCGAACGCCCCAUCGAGUGCGGUUCGAAGUCGCAGAACCUGAUACGAUCCGAGAAGCGAACGGAGAUGUGCCUCACUCUAGCCACGAUGCAUGGCUGGAUGAAGAGGACUACAUGGAGAAUGGGAGUGACAGGCGGAGCAGCACCGGGCAGCGAGCACCACUGCUGACCGACAUCGAGGCCCCAAGUGUUACGCUGGCGAACGAGAUGGACUUCAAUCCUGAGGAUCACCUGGAAACCGCUCGGCCUAAAAGUGGCACCAAAAGCGCAUUCAUGAACAUGGCCAACAGUAUCAUAGGCGCCGGAAUAAUCGGGCAGCCGUACGCCUUCAAGCAAGCAGGCCUAUUCACCGGGAUAUUCCUCCUUAUCACUCUUACCGUUACCGUGGACUGGACGAUCCGCCUCAUCGUGACGAACUCGAAGCUGAGUGGCGCCAAUUCCUUCCAGGCUACGAUGGAGAAGUGCUUUGGCAGGAGUGGCCUGAUUGCGAUCAGUGUUGCACAGUGGGCUUUUGCAUUCGGCGGCAUGGUGGCGUUCUGCAUUAUCAUCGGAGACACCAUACCAAGGGUCAUGGCGUCUAUCUUUCCUUCUUUGCCGGAGACUCCGGUUCUUUGGCUCCUUGCCGAUAGAAAGGCGAUCAUUGUACUUGUGGUUCUGGGCUUCUCGUAUCCUUUGUCGUUGUACAGAGACAUUGCUAUGCUGUCCAAAGCAUCCACGCUUGCGCUUAUCAGCAUGAUGGUCAUUAUCUUCACAGUCGUCACUCAAGGUCCGAUGCAGUCCCACGACAUUCGUGGCCAGCUCAAAGGCAGCCUGCUCAUCAACAGCGGAGUCUUUCAGGCUAUUGGUGUCAUCUCCUUCGCCUUCGUCUGCCAUCACAAUUCGCUUCUCAUUUAUGGCUCUCUGAAGACUCCGACCAUGGACCGCUUUGCACGGGUGACGCAUUACUCGACCGGCAUCAGCAUGGUCGCAUGUCUUGCUAUGGCCCUCGCCGGCUACCUUUCUUUUGGCGAUUUGACACAAGGCAACGUGUUGAACAACUUUCCUACUAAUAAUGUAAUGGUUAAUAUUGCGCGACUAUGCUUUGGCCUCAACAUGCUCACGACCCUACCGCUGGAAUGCUUCGUAUGCCGUGAAGUCAUGACCGAGUACUACUUCCCUGGAGAGCCCUUCCACCCGAAUCUGCACCUCAUCUUCACCACUUCCCUAGUGGUCAGCGCCAUGACAGUCUCGCUCAUCACCUGCGACCUCGGCGUCGUCUUCGAGCUCGUGGGCGCAACAUCCGCCUGUGCGCUUGCGUACAUAUUACCUCCGCUGUGCUUCGUCAACCUUACGAAGAGAAGAACAUGGGAGACCUAUGCUGCCUACGCUUGCAUAGCAUUCGGGUGCAUCGUCAUGGGCAUUAGCCUAACCUUGUCGGUCGCAAAGAUGGUCAGAGGAGAAGGUGAAGCUGUGGCUUGUCGAUAG